AUGCGAUCAGAACGUUUAAGUGAGCUCUUCCUUUGGCCACCUGCGGCACCGCCCGGGGGUGAUGGCCUCUUUGACACCUUUGGACAUGAGGCUUCGGUGGACAAGACAGUGAAGGAGGCAGAGCUACUGUUGGAAGCCAGCUCCUUCCAGGCAUGUGAAGACCUUCUGCUUGCAGAGAAAACCGACGGAAGCGAUGUCCUUCGAAGUCCGUAUGCUCUACGGCUUCUGCUUCACAGCUAUCGGUGCCGAGGCAAGCAGAGCUGGGCCAGAAAGCUGGCAGAAGAUCAGUUGGCAAAGCCCACGACGGCAACGCAGCAUCCAAUUGGGCAGGCAAUGAUGCAACUAAGCUUAGCCGAGCUUGAGCUCGCAGACAAGAGGCAGGAUCGUGCCACUCACUUGGCCAAAGAAGCCCUGGCGGCGUUUUCGGAAAUGGACAUGCCAUCUUACGAAGCAUUGUGCUUGCUGGCUUUGGCUGGCGCGGCCAGUGCGAACGAGAGACACGGAGAUGCAGCAGAGUUUGCCAAGGACGCCUUGGAGCGCUUUCAACAGGAAGAUGACGAAAGCCAAAGCACCCGCGGACUGGGAAGGGCCUUGCUGGCUUUGGCAGAGGCCGAGCAGGCUCUGCAGGACUUCGCGGCCGCCGAGCGUUCGACAGAGAAAUCCCUGGAAGUCUUCAAGUUCGGCAAAGAUGAGGUAUGGCAGGCUUUUGUUCUUCAGAUGAGGGCCGGUUGGUCUUUCAAGCAGGACAACCCAUCCCUUGCAGCAGUGUCGGCAGAGGCUGCGAUGCAUCUCUGGCAGUCUAACGGACACCCACUGUCCAGAGAGGCAGAGCUUGCUGAGAUUGCCUCUUCGGCCUUCCUUGCAAUGAACCAGCCGGAGGACGCCAUGAAGACAGUGCGCGCUUGCUUGUAUCGGGCCCGGAUGAUGGGCGACAGGACCAUCGAAGGUCACAUGCUCUAUGUGACAAUUCGUGUGAACCAGGCCUUCGGAGACAUGGAAGGGGCCAUUAAAAUGGCUGACAAGUCAUGGGAGGUCUUCCAUGAAAUUGGAAGCAGGAGGAUGGAACUGGCCGCUCUCCGGGCCAAAUGCGAUGUCCAACUCGCAGGGCCCACACCGGAUCCGAAGGCCCUCGACACGGCCAAGCAGGUCGUGGCCUCCGCUCAAGAGCUGGAUCAGCUAGAUUCGCAAAAGGACGAAGAGCUUGGCAACGCGUGGCUGCAAAUGUCCCGGUUAAGGGAUGCCAGGGACGAAUCAAUAAAUGCCAAAAAGGCACUAGAAACGGCCAUCCAGCGUUUCGAAGCUGCUGGACAAAGGAGAAGGGCUGUAGAGGCAGCGCUGGAGCUUGCAGGCCUUAGCGCCAAGGUUCAGGACUAUUCAAGUGCUGUCGAUAUGGCAAGAGAGGUGAGAUCCUUGUGUCGCAAGCACGACGAUGUCAAGGGCGAAGCAUCUGCAUUGCUGCUACUCGGAAGCGUGCUUCUUCAGCGGCAUGAUAACCUGGAGGCUAUGAAAGCUGCAGAGGAAGCGUUUGAGCUCUUCCGGCAAGUGGGUGACAGAUUCCGAGAAGCCGAAGCCCUUUUCCUUGUGAGUCAGGCUGGCCAGCAGUUCUGCACCAUGUCCAAAGCGACGGUGGCCAAACAUUGGAUCUACUUCGGUGCUGCUUUGCAGGCUGCGAAAGAUGCGGUGGCAAUUGCUGAGCAUCUUGGCGACAUGCAACUGUGCGCGCACGCCUACGUGGUAUUGGCCCAAAUCCAGGUCCUCUCUGUACCGCUCCUGCACGAUGCGCUAAAGAAUGCCCAAGAGGCAUCUGAUCUGUUCAGCCACUUGGGGCAUGCAGCUGGCACUGCAUGCAGUCUGGAACUGCAAGCCUCGGCGUCGCACAGUCUGCAGAAUCAUGCUGCAGCUGUCGAAGCCUUGAACAAGGCGAAGUUGGUGUAUGCCCAGGCCAACAUGCCAACAAGAGUUCGGCGCUGCGAUGAGUUCCUUCAUGAGCUUGAAUCAGCUGGGCAAGCGGCAGUGACGGAGACCAAAGUGUCGAUCGAAGUGAAGCAGGAAGCGCCGCGGCUGCCACAGCCCGUUCUCUCGCUGCCAAAGAGAGAACGCAGGGAAAUCAAGGAUCCGAUGUCAUUGCAGGGAGAAGAUCGCGUGAUGGCGCAGCUGGCCAAGAUUCUGCAGGACUUGGGUGUGGAGGACGUCCAUGACGAUGACGGGUUGAUGUCGUCGGGAUUGACCAGCAGGGCGGCCAUCCAGCUCAAAGGCGAGAUGGAGCAAGCAUUCGCAGGAAUCCACAUCCCUUCCACGGUCGCCUUUGAUUACCCCAACAUCAGGUCGCUGUCAAACUGGAUAGCGGGUAGCAUUGGGGAGGCAGAGAAUGAGACCGUGAUGUUUGAGCCCCUGGCCACUGGCCAAGAUGACAGAGACUGCGAGAUGUCCGUGUUCCUCGCAGUGGUAGAUGAGACUUGUCCAGACUUUCAGGUCCCUCCCAUGUGGGACUACACGCGUGCCGAGGCAGAGUUUCCGCAUCCAGAUGACGAUGGAUGUGCACCCGCAGCUCGUCUACUACGUACCUUUGGCCUCAGAGGUCUUGAAGCUGGCGUGGGUUCAAGUCUUGGCAUUCCUGAUCCCAACCUGGGUGAUAGUGGAGUGGAUCAAGGCUGGGCUGCUGUUGGAGGGCCUAUUGAGUUGCAGAGCUUCAUCCCACGGACGGUCACCUCUGCAGCCGUGUUCAAGACCCAAGUUGCCCCAGUUAGUCCAAGUGACUUGCUUUUUGCCACGCUCGCUGCAGACCCCAAUGCACUGUAA